CUCCAGGCUCCAGCUUCCACAGCGACGCGAGCCGCACGUGGCAGAAUCCGCCGCCGCCGCCUCCCCUUUUGCUGCCGGCUGCCGCGGCUUCCAAACUCUUCUUCUUGCUUGCCUCCACCAUUCCAUCGUCUAUCUAUUCCAUCGAAUCCAGUGAAGGAAUCAAGAGCGAGAUGCACGCGGCGCGAGCCCUUGUGCUGCAGCACCUGCGGCUCCGCGCGCCGCUCUCCGUCGCUGCCCGUGGAGGCGGCCCGGGGCCGGCGGCGGUGGCGCGGUGCUGGUUCGCGCGGGGGAUGAGCGCGCCGGCGGACGGCCGCGGAGACGGCGGUUCCGGCUCCGAGAGCGCCGUCAGGGCGCGCGUCGUUGAGCUGGUCAGGAAGUUCGACAAGAUCGACGCCGACAAGGUGACUGAGACAGCAGAUUUCCAAAAGGACCUGAGCUUGGACAGCUUAGAUCGGGUGGAGCUUGUUAUGGCUUUUGAGCAAGAGUUCUCCAUCGAGAUCCCUGAUGACAAGGCUGAUAAGCUUACCUGCUGUGCUGAUGUUGCAAAAUAUAUCAUAUCAGAAUCCCAGUCCAAUAAUAAAAAUGCUGGUAGCUCCUGAGGUGCAAACAGAAGCGGUGGCGGACCCAGGGUUCGAAUGGAGCCCAGGCAAAUCACACGGCAAUUGUUUCUUCUUAUCUCCAAUUGGACUAACGAACUAUAGAUUUGAUGGCUAGCAUCUUACAAUUGUUGCACCGGAGCCCGGCCAGGUGCCCAGGGUCGCCAGGCCCUGGGCAUGCCACUGGUUGCAAAGUUCUUUUUCUCUUCUUGUUAAAUGGAAGAAUUUAUGAUGUGCCUCUUUUUAAUUGUUUUGCCAGUAUGAAAACAAAUGCUCUUCCGAUUUCUCAUAUGGUUCUGUUCUGUGAGAAUCUUUUAGCCAGGUCGUGUUUGUUACCAGGGAAGGUUGUUGUGCUGAUCAUGGUUGACACAUUUUGCUAAUCAGAAUACCGAAUUCAAUCAACUUAAGUUAA